AUGAGCGAAAACGUCCGGGUGGCCAUCGUUGAUGACAACCCCAUCAUGCAACAGAUUAUGGUGAAAGCACUACACAAGUACAUGCACGUACGAGUUGCACCGGAGGAUGUGUUCACCGACGGGUUGUCCCUCCUUAAAGCUUUGGCGAUGUGGCGGUAUGAUUUGAUUCUACUUGAUAUUGAAAUGCCUAUCAUGGACGGUCUGCAAGCAACACUUCGCAUCCGCAACCCAGUAGAAGACCCUGCCAACGCCUCGGUGUGGACCAACCUUCGCAACUCAGUGUUAAAUAGCAGCGGUCGCAGCUCCGAGUGCUCUCGCAGUACGCGCCCCGCAACACCUUCACCGACUGUUCGGCAAAUGCGGUAUGCUCUCACGUCUGUUGGGUCCGGUACCGCUCCCGAGAUCAACAACGACGUUGCGUUCAGGAUAUUGGAGGAAAACAGGACCGUUCCGAUCGUUGCCAUUACUGCCAAUGCUUUCCUCGACGAACAGCGACGACACUGUAUGUCGGUGGGAAUGAAUGACGUUGUUUCCAAGCCCAUUACCCCAGAAGCCAUCAAAGAUAUCAUGCGAAGAUAUUUAGACUCGGACCAUUUUCACAUGCGGUUAAGCGUAGACGACUUGGCUGAAUUGGUUGAACCGAGGGAACAAGAGAGGUGUCCAAGACGGGAUCGAAACGGGCAGGCAAACGAACGGUCGAAUGGGUCUGAGCAUACCGUCGAGGAUCGUCCAAUAGCGUUUCAUGCCUCGCUACCCCGGAACGUGGGUAAAAAACUACCUCCGCUCAUGCGAACAGCCAUGUCUACGCAAAAUGUGCUGGGACACCGCGCACCAUCAACCGAAUCAACAACACACAUAUCGAGCCUUCAUAGCGAUUCCGAAGGCCGUUUUCGUUCUCAGAAUAUAGCGGGGCGGUCCUACGACAGUGAUGAUUCGACAGCAGACAGACUUUCCAGUCAAUCCCUAUCAACUCGCUCAACAACUACCUCUCUAUACCUUGACCCAGAUGGCAGCCUGUCCCGUCCCCAGGAAAAAAUCGCACAAAACGUUUCCAAUCCAUCACUUCGUCGACACGCCUCGGAGAGUAUAAAAUCUACCUUAUACGGUGACCCUGAAGGUCGGUUUCGCCCAAGUCCAGCUGCUAAACACCGUUCUGAUGAGACUACGGAACCCAUUCGGCGUCCGUCUCCGCCGGCGGAGGCGCAUCCCUCUGCCGAUGUUGGUCGUUUGGGCUGUGGAGUGGCAAGUGGAGGUGGAUCCAUUCGACGAGCUUCGAGUGUGAGUCGAAAGUCGCAGGUGGGCCGACCGGUGGUACCUGACCGGGAUGUGAAUGCUGUGCAAUGAGGAUUACUGGGUGGUAAACUUUUGGAUUAUGGACACUGGGUGAUGGGAACUGUACACUUUAUUUUUCUGCUAGAUACUUCUUUUUUUAGUUCGUUUUUUUGGUUCGUUUUGUUCAGACAACGUUGGAUUUUUUUUUUUUUCUUUUCUUUGCGACUCUUCUAUGACCAAAACUCAAAUAUAUACCUGGUAGUUUUCUUGGAGG